AUACACACGAGACUUCGAGAAAUUACGAGAUUGUUUGUUAACCAACAUGUCGAACGCCGGAUUUUUUCGGGUUUGUAACAAAUUUAUAAUAACACAUCGCUCAAAGAAAGUUAUUUUAAGCAUAAUAUGAGUUUUCAUAUUUCUACCAUGCAUUAUUCCUUCCUUUUGAUAUGUCAGUUUCAUUUGAGUGUUGCGUUUUUCCUUUUAAAUUGUAAAAGCUGGAAAGCCUGGGCUAACUUGCAUCUGAAGUGAAUGCCUGCGAUGGCGUUUCAUGGGGGCAAUGGGCCGUACUGGGGCUGAGACUGAGGGGAGGAAGCUAAUCAUUUUGCACGCGUUUGUUUUGAAAAAAUGUUAUAGCUGUUGACAUUAAGGCUUAUUGUUGUCCUGUCAUUGUUUAAAGAAAGCUAUCAUAACUUGAAAAAAAAAAUAGGUAUGCUUUUCUGUAAGUCACUAAUUUUAUUUAAAUUGAAAAAUUCUUGGACUAGGCUAAAUUUUAAAUUACUAAAACCCUGGGCCCUGGCCCUGAGCUAAUUACUAAUGAAUGUGAAGAGUUAGCACCCUGACGGCAAACCCUGGAAUAAGAAUGUCCAUCAGAUCCAUCUUAUCUAUCCAAUUUUUAAAUUUUUAAAAAAUAAUAAACACUUUCUCCAUUAAUUGAUCAGAGUUAUGGGCUUGGUACAUUUUGUGAUGUGUUCCAUGAAAUCAUGAAUCAAAUUUGAAUGUUAGUCUUGAACUUGAGUCUUUGUCACUGAGCUGUUGGCCACUUCUAUUACUAAAGUAUACUUACGCCUAGUUAGGGUUAUUCAUAAAUGGCUUCACAAAUUUAGAAACUUAUUUCAUCACUCAAAUUGCUGUGCAUGGUAGGAGCCAGUUGAAUUUGAGCCCUAUCAAGAGCUGGGGCUAUUUAUUACGAAGUUUAUGGGUGGGGGAGUCGAGUAGGGAUUCCCAGGGCUUAAGAUGUAAUUGUGGCAAAGCCCAGGCCCAUGUGCAAUACAGUCAAUGCUUCCUGUUUUCACCCUUUUGCUGACAACACGCUGUUGUCACCAGAUUGCAACUUAAUCUAUGGAAAUUCCUAAUGCUAAUAAAUGUCUGUAAUUGGAUUACACAUAACCAUUAUUUAAAAAUAAACAUACUGACUACACUGAUACUGCGCAGUGUUCUCUCUCUACUCUGGCCUUCUGGCAUAUUAAAUAUCUGAGUGAUAGCCUAAAAUACUACAAUGAUACUGAUGUCAGUAUGCUCCGUUUUGCACUCAGCACUGUAUUUUGUUUAUCUGCAAUAAAAUCUUGAUGGUAUAUCUGCAUGUAAAAAUAUGUAAAACAAAAAGGUCCUCAUAUCGUCAAUGAAUCUGAUUUGAAUAACGAAUGUUCAUUGGUUGAUAUUUUAACAAAUAUUGAGUUAAUAUUCAUUCAACCUCUGCACUCUGUUAAUUAUUGUAAUGAUGAUUCCAUUAUUUCGCUGAAUAAAAUACAAAUUUAAAAAAAAAAAGAAAGAAAAAUUAACUCACAAAAAGCAAUUUUUAUUUUUUAGUGUUAAUAUUGUAAUAGCAGUACUAUGUUACAUCACGUAAAAAUAAACAAAAUGGCUAUUUGUACCCGGGUACCAGAAGUGAGAGGUUGGGAUUAAAACUAUUUACAAUUUUAUUUUAGGGAUUUUAAGACUAAAUGAGGUAUCAAGUGAAAGAUAAUUGGACUAUAUGUUUUUAAACUUAAUUCUUCAUUUUAACUAAAAUAAACUACCACAAAUGACAUCCAAAUAGAACUGAGUCAAAAUGGACCCAUACUCGUAGCGCCGCCAUUCGCACCCGGGUACCAAGUCUAGCGUCCAUUAUAUAUAUAGUCCAUGUAAGGCAAGGCAUCCCCAUAAAAAUAAUACUGGUUUUGGGGAUACUAAUUAUUAACUUUCAAUUUUGGCACAUGAAUAAUUAAUUAAACCUUUCCCUGACCAAAGAUUUAAAAGCUUUUGCACAUGGCAAUCUCUUUUAAAUGAAACUAUGAGAAUAAUAAUAAUACUAUAGAAUAUAGUAGUAUAGCACAUUCUGAUAGUGACUGUGAAUGGUUACCCAUGACGUUUUGCACACAGCAAAUUAUGAUAAUUUAUAGUUCACUCUAAAACACAAGUUUUCCAAAUAUUUUGACAUAAAUAGUGGUAAUAAUUGAAUAUUUCUGAAGUAUCUGCAACUUCUGCCAUUAAAAAAAGAGGGUGUAAUGGCUAGGGGUGUGCCGGACCCCGGUCCGGAAUCCGGUUCCGCCGGAUUUUGCACUAUCCGGUGAAAUCCGGUUCCGCCGGAUUUACAUGUAUCCGGAACAACCGGAUUCCGGAAUCCGGAAUAUACCGGAUUUCGGAAUUUGCCAGAUUUUGUGACUCACCGGAUCAUAAUCUGAAAUAAAAGUAAUUCUCUUUCCCGAAUUUCACACGAUCACGAUACAUUAAUCGAUUGUUUCGAGCGUUGAGCUUGUUUAAUGUUUAAUAUUCCGAACAUACCAGAGGCUAGAGUCAGCACCGCUAAUAGUGGCCAAUAGUGUAGGGACUUUGAUAAGAAAAUUUAAACUUUUUGUAAAAAUAAACCAAUGGCAUAGUUGAAAAGAUGUAAUUUUUUAAAGAAUUAUAACACCAAAAUCAUAUUUUUAGCUGUUGUAGUUUUAAAGUUAUGAAUUUUUAAAGUACGACUUGGUUUGUCAUUUUUUAACAUGGACUGCAUCUCCACAUUCUGUGAUCUCAUUCCACCAAUCCCGUCAUGCGCAAUGACUAUAUAGUUUAUAUAAGGCAACGCAUUCCCUGCCUUAUCACUAAAAUACUGUUUAGACUUAGUUUAAACUUUCAACUUUGGCACAUGAAUAAUUAAUUAAAGCUUUCCCUGACCAAUGGUUUAAUAGUUUUUGCACACGGCAAACUCUUAUGAAUGAAACUCUGAGGUAGUACUACGAUACAGUUAUGCAAGUGGCUGUGAAUGGUUGCCAAUGACAACGUGUUGCACACGGUAAAUUCUGAUCAUUUAUAAUAUGGAUUCUACCGGGUUGUUAAAGCUCAAAUUAAAACAUUCCAGUUUAAAUGUCUUUAAAUGCAUUCUGAAACACAAGUUAUCAAUUAUUUUGAUGUAAAUAGUGAUAAUAAAUUAAUAUUUCCUAAGUAUCGUCAACUUCCGCCAUUAAAAAGGGGGGCGUGGCCAACCCCAUGGCGAAAUUAGGUUGAGCGAGCUGCAUGACCUGCUGCGAACGCGUAGAAACAUGGCGUCUCUCGUAAGACACUUAUCCAAAUGGAACGGAACUCAAAUAUAUAUCGAAAGUACUAAUUUAAUAAUAAAUAGACACACACAUCGGAAAAUUAAAAACUCGGAUUUUUUGGCGCCGAUUGCGAAUUCCCAUACACAAAAAGUAGUAGUCCACCUUGACUUACCGAAGUAUCUACCAAUAGUACCGGAAUCCGGGAGAAACCGGAAUCCGGAUCCGGCGGAUUUCGCAUAAGAAAAUCCGGAUCCGGUUGGAAAAAACGGAUCCGGCACACCCCUAGUAAUGGCAUACAACUGAAGAUGGGUAGAGCGAUGUACAUAAUAAACUGCUCAAACACAGACCCAUCCCAUCAUGGUGUCUUGUAAAACACAUAGCGCUAUGAAAAUUGGCACACUUGUAGAUCAAUAUGCAACCAAGAGACAUAUUAAAUUAAAUAUGAAAACUAUAUCUUAAUGAUGAAUGUUGCUUUAUAUUUACCAAGAAUUUUCUCAAAGCUGACUGAUUGUAAGAGAUUAAAAUUUAGGCUUAAAUGUCCUCCAAAGUGAAAGGGCGGAAAAGGAACGCAAUUGUGGGAUAUAAUUCUUUUAUGCAUGAAAUAGCACCAACACAAAAAAAAAAAAUUUUAAACUUAGAUUUUUUGUGCAGAUGCCCAUUUCCCACAUAUAUUUUUUAGUAGUCUUCUUCCCUGCUUUACCGAUUUGCCUAAUAUGCUGUAAAAAGGGACAAACAAAAAACUCAAAUUUUCAUAAAGUUUUUAAAAAUGCCUAGCUCAAAAACUACUAAAGCUAGUUGUUAAUUUUGUUCUAUAACUAUAAACUGUAUAAUUUAAAAAAAAGAAAAAUUUGUCCUACACAGCUAAGGCUUCUUUCAAAUAUUCUUCCUGUGAAGGAAAACAUUGUGCUCAACCGCAAUUUAUGCUCGGGUCGCAUCUCGCCUUACCCAUCAACUGCCUAUUUAUUAUUAUUAUGCACAUGUGCAAUAAAUUUGGGGCUUUCUAGUUUUGCAGACAACACUUAAUUGUAUUCUUAAAAAUAUCAAAAUGUCUAAUUAAUACCGUCAGUAACAAACUUGUAACUAAGACUACACAAGGUCGGGGGGGGGGGCAGGAAUCUGAUCACAGGUAAUUGACAGGUCCUCAGGCAUAACUGCUCUGCUCAAUUUACACUCUGCCCUAUGUUUUGUUUGUCUGUAAAUGUCAUAUUUACGUGUAUUUAACAGAUUGUAAAAACAUGUACUGUAUAUAUACACAUAUAUAUAUGUCCAGGCAUCAAUGAAAUCGAGUAAAUUAUUGAAAAUUAUUAUUAAUCCAAUUAUUUUACUGAAUACAAUGCACAUUUUCAUAGUGUUUUUGUAAAAAGCAUAAAUUAAUAAGUAUUAAAGAAAUAUUUUAAUAGUUAAAAUUUAUUUUUUAAAAAGUAAUAGCAGCAGACCUAUUUAAUUUUAAAAUGAAUAGAGUACAAACAAUGGGGUGGUGCAGUAAAUAAGGACACAUUAAAAGUCCAAAAGCUAGUUGAUGGUUUCAUUUUUUGAAUUUGAAGUAUGCUCUACACAACUGUAUUUUUGGAAUUACAUUUUUUUGUCAGAACCUUUAAAGCUAUGUUCAACCGGAUUUAAGCUUAUCCCUAUGUAAGGAAGGAAGCAUUGCGCUCUACCCAAAUCAUAUUAAGCACACACACACUAGCCAAAAAUUAUUUUGUUUAGAAGGGCAGAAAGAUGAUUAUACACAAUAAUUUGAAAGAAUUUAAAAUAUUGAAAAUGAGAUAAAAUAAAGAAAACACAAAAAAGCGCCAUUUAGAUACUACUGACUUUACUAGUUUGCACCAUCUGUUAGAUGUCACAUUGAAUUGAAAAUGGAUAUAAAAGUAAUGGAAAUGUAAUAUUUUGUGGUGUUCUUUUGGGGAAGCUGCGGCUCUUGGUUCACCACAGUGUGCACACUUCAAGAUACAAAGGACUAUAGUAUAGAAAUAGAAUAGCACAUAGGCAUAGUUAGAUCAUGUAUGAGGUUUAUUAACUAAAGUGUUCAGUUAUUAUCAUUGUCUUGUCCUUGACAAGCCCUUUAUAUACUGGAGGGUUAAUUAACUCAUUUCAUUGAGUUUUUUUCAUGCUGUUGGUCUGACUUAAUUAAAUUCCAUGGGAUGAAAAAAAGAUAAUGAUGCAUGCAGCAAGGGUAACAAUAUAUUUAUAUAUAUAUAUAUAUCCCAUCUCCUACUUUUCCAUUCCCCAUCGAAUAAAAUAGUUCUUAGUUUACAAAUGUUAGAGAAAAACAAGCAUAAAUAAUGUAUUUCUAGCAAAGUCAGUUGCUAAAAGUUUGCUUUAUUUUUGUACAUUUUUGAAACAGCUGCAGGAGUCAAACUCACAAAUUAAACACGUGUUUACUGUAGAUCUUUUUCUGUGGAGGUACAUUUCCAACAGCAAGAUUGUACUGUCAUUUCUGCCUUAUUAAUGUAAGGGUGAAGUUGCUCUAAAUUCAAUUGACAUCAACCUUUUUUUUCAAUUAUUUUUCUUAUUAAGGAGCACCUAAGAAUCAUUAUCACCUCCUGCUACUACCCUCUAUAUUUUAAUCAUUGUAUUUUUCUAGCAGUUGGAAAUGUAAUAAAUAUUUUGUAUCAGCCCUGUGAUUCACCUGUCAAACAUAUCAGUAUAUUUAAAACUGUUAGUAGUUGUUGAUAAGUAGGUUUAGUUCAUUUUAUGCAGUUUAAGUGCAGGGUUUUAAAAAAGUGCUUAAAUGUAAUUUGUAAUUUUUUCAAAUUACAGUACUUUUUAAACUUAAGUGGCAUUUGUGUACAAUAUAAAUGUAGCUUAUAAUUGUUGCUCCAACUUGUACAAUUUAUCCUUUACUUUCAUGUUAAAUCAGUUGACACUUUCAUUUUUAUAAUGGGUUGUAUAUCAUGGACUGCUUAAAUGAAGAUAACUAAACUUGUUAACAAAAAUUGCAGCUCAAAAUGAAAUUUAAAAAUGAUUAACUUUUAGACUAAAAAUUAUGUGAGCAUGCAUGAACAACUAAACUUUAAUAUUGUAAAGAAAAAGUCCAAUGAGAUUAGCAAAAGAUGCCCUUCACUAAGCCAAAAUAUGCUGAAUUAUAGCACACUGAAAAUUAUUCUUGUUUGAUGAAUUUGAUUAAUUUGAAACUGCUAAUAGUAAAUGUUACGUAUGUCCAGGGGCAAUAGUUAAAUUAUAACACUGUACUAUUACAAUUGUCAACUGUUAAAAAGUGUAAGCUUUCCACCUUCUAAUCUGCAACUUGGUAUUUUUUGCUUCAGUUUUGAGGCCCUAUCAGCUGUUGAUUGGUGUUAGUUGGGUUUUAAUUCUGACGAAGGAGUUACUCCAGCGGAAGACAAGAUGCAUAAUUAUGCGGUAGGCAUCAUAGUUCAUUCCAACAACUGAGAUUUUAUUACUGUAAAUACUAUCUCCCUUUUUCUGUCCCUGUAUGUUUAUUUGAGCAUUGUCUGGCAAGCUUAUUAUGGACAGGGCUAGUUCCUAAAUAAGCAACUUAGAUAUUCUCAAAUGAACAUCACCCAUGUCCCUGGACAUCAAUAAACACAUGUUUAAUUAUUCAGUGUGGUAUUAUUAAGUCUAUAAUUUGGGUUUAAUUUUGUAGGAAGUUUUCAGCCCUUUAUGCUUGGUUUUGAUCUGUCAAACAUUUUUAUUAAAGAAGCAACCAAACUUUUUUUACAGAAAAAUAAUGUUGUUAUUUGUUUUGUUUCAGGGCACCACUGCCCAACAGGAUACUCGGUUUUCUGACAAAAAGAAAAAGCUUAUGAAAACAAUGAAAUUUGCUGAGGGCCUGGAGCGAAAAGUAAGUUUUGUUGAAAUACUUCUGCAUAUUGAAUCCAAAAUGUGUCCUCCUAUCAUAAAAUAAUUGGCAGUUGAGAUUUUUCUUUCUUCUGAGCACAAUGGAAAUAAAAAAGAUGUAUACAUAUUCUUAAAAAAUAUAGUUAUUUUAAGUUUAAUAUCUUAGAAAGUUUACUUCUAAUUGCUUCACAUCCUUUUUUAAAAUUAUUUUUUGUACUUCAAAAAGACUAGUUAUUUUAGGCCCGGUGUGGGAAGCCUGUUGGCCAAAUGCAGUCUGCGAAAUCCUUUAAUCCACCCCGCAAGAUCUUUAUGGAACUAAGCAGUUUUCCACAAAUUAUAAAAAAAACUUACCGAUUAUUAUUUGUAAAAGUAGCAAAAGGCAUUGAAAAUGAAAACAUAAAAUUGUCAAACUGGAAUAUUAACAUCACUGGAAUUUUUAACUAUAUCUUUAAUGAUGUAUCAAAAAUUAAUUUCCAUUUUACACUUUGUAAGAAAAAGGUCUUCGUCUGCCCGUUCUUUGACACAGAGCUGGACCAGUAAUAAAAAAUCACCUUUACAUAGCAAAGUGUUAAUGUCCGAUUGGAUAUUUCAAAGAAAGGCUUCUUUACAGGACAGUAAGACAUAGCAGAGUAGUCCUUUCUGCUUUUAUCUUUUUUUAAAACAAAUUUUGGAAAGCAUUGAUUUAUUAAACAUAUGCCCAAAGUAUUUUGUCAAGCUUUGACUAAUGUAUUCAAUUUUUCAGGUUGAUAUGACAAAAGUUAAUGUGGACAGCCUCAAACCAUGGAUUGCACAACGUCUCACGGAUCUACUUGGAUUAGAGGAUGAUGUUGUUGUAGAAUUUGUCUACAAUCAGCUUGAAGAAAGGGUAGGGACUCUGGUCAUCUGAAUUCGGUUUAUUUUAUUUCUACAUAUUUCAUACAAUUUUUUUUUUCAAGGUAUGGGUGUGAAAGCAUUAAUAGUGUUGAAUAUUUAUUCUUGUCUUGGUGCCUUGUUCAGUACCAGUUUGUAUCAAAAGUGCUUCUCUAUAACCCUUCCACGAAAGGAAAAACCCCAAAAUAGUUUUUAAACCUUUUAAGGAUUCGUGUCAGAUAAUUAUUAGCAUUAUCGAUUUAAAAAAAAAACACCCUUGCCUUAAGGGUAUAUUGGAUGAAAAAAAUCUAAAGUGAUAUUUUUAAAAUAAAAAAAAAAAGGUGAAAACUGCAAUAAAUGGGUUACCUGCUCAAUAGAAGAAUUUCAACAAAAGUCGUUGAUAAAACGGAUAGUGUUGAAUGUAUACUCAUUUGUUGACUAUUUCCUCUUAUGAUCAGAGAAGCACUAUAAACAAAAUGGCCUUCAAGCAUAGUCACUCACUACAGGGCACAGAUGCGGAUGAUACCAGUUUUCUCAAUGCUUUGGUAGCUAGAUACUCUUAUCAGCUGCCACAGAGAUAAUUCAUCUGCUCCGCUCAAUGGUGGGUUUGUAUCAUUAUUAUCUAUCCAUUUGGUUUUGUGUCGGUCUAGUUUAGCGUCUGCUGCAUUAAAAACACAAGACAGGUACUGCCUUACAGAAGUAUUCUUUCUUUGAAUAUUAAAAUGUCCCAAUGCAGAUGAGAAUUAAGUAACUAUCCAAGUUUCUCUUGCAUCUAUUCAGUUCUCAGUUAAGUAUUUGACCUGUCAGUGAGUACCAAAAUUUACAUUUGGGUUGCUUGUUUAUGUUUGAUGCGACCCUCAGAUUAAUGUACCUGUCUUGAAAUGCUAAGUUCCAGAAGCAGCAAUAUGAUAUUGACAGACUGAUAGGAACCAAGUGGCCGCUGUGGUCCUAGGUGUUAACUUAUUACUUGUGAAGUAAUGACUUGUGUUAAAAAUCAGGACUCCAUUUAUCUGGACCGAUUUCAAGGCUUCUGUGCCUACUGAAGAGCUAUGUAGGUUGACCUCGAUUGCGUGAAAGCUGUUAGAACAUCUCAGAUACUGAGGGAAUCUUCAAACUCAAGAUUGUGGAAUAACAAAAAGGAAAAUGUAUAUGUAUUUUUAUAGAGACAAAAAUAUUUAUUGGUACAUUUCUCGCUUAAAUCUAACAUUUUUUGUCUAGUUAUAAAAGUGUGUGAAUCUGUUUGAAUGCAAGUUAGCUUUUUUUGUGUGCUGGUGUUACUGAUGGGGAAAAUCUUUUUUGCAGAGAUAUCGGACAUUUGAUUUCCUUGGAUGCCUAGGUUGACCCAGGACAGCUGCCUUGUUAUAGCAGUUCUGUCCUGUGUGGUGUCGGAACACGCAGCCUAAUCGUUUGCCAUGAGGGCAGGUGUGAGGGGUUGUCUGGGCUAGACCAUGGAAAGCAAGUGAAGCUCUGGCCAUUGAGGCAGCCUUAAACAAAUCUUAUUUUUGUAGCAGCAAAUGCAUUUUUAAGAGAGAAAUCAUACAUGGAAGCAACGUCUGCAGAUCAUCAGUUUAUUUUGGAUGUGAUAUUUAUGUUUUAUAAUAUAUAUCGGUACCUGAAAAAUAGUGUUUGGGUACUUUGUAUAUUUUUUCCUGGAUUGACGGGGGAAAUGUUUUUUUUUUAACAGCUCUUUUGCAGUGCUUAUUUAUUUAUUUUUUUAAAAAAAGGCAGAAGUAAGUUCAAAUAAAAAGUCAUUCCAUUAAUCAAUUGCCAGCAUUUAAAAAAAAUGUCAAGUCAUAUGGUUUGCAAAAACCACCUGAAAUAUGGUGCAAUUUUUAUAAUUAGCUACCUCAUUAACAGUAUUAUUGCAAAUAUCCUUUAACAAAAUGAUGAUGAACAGAUUAGGUCAUCAUUAGAAGAACUGAGUUGUUUUAAAAGAGUGGUAACAAUGAUGUGCAUGGAUUUUUAAUUUAAGCCAUUUGUUUAAUUUGAAAACGAAUCUUAACUUACUGUUGUGAAUACUUGAGGGUUAUCUUCUUAUGCAUCGUAUCUUCCCAACAUGUAUCUGCAGCACCCAGAUGCCAAAGAAAUGCAAAUCAACCUGACUGGUUUCCUCAAUGGCAAGAACGCUAGAACAUUUCUCAGUGAACUGUGGGACCACUUGUGUAGUGCUCAAGAAAAUGUUACUGGAAUACCAAAUCAGUUUUUAGAACAAAAGAAGAAUGAAAUUAAACAAAGACAGGUAAGAUCUAUUUAUUUAUGUACACCUUAUUAUUUUUUCAAUACUUUAUUGGUGUCACCUUAUUUUUUUUUUGAUACCUUUUUUAGUCAUUGUUGAUAAAGUUGAAGUUUGAGUCAGAAAGGUUUAUUUUAUGUGAUGGUGCUUAAUUCUUUAUUGUAGGAGGAGCAAGAAAGACUAAAAGAAGUUGUAAAGAAAAAAGAAGAACAGAUAAAGGAACAGCUGGCAAGGGAGAGAAGAGAAGUGGAAAAGCAAGAGAGGGGCAGUAGAUCCCCAGACAGGGGGUAAAUGAAAUUUUAUAUUACCAGACUGUGUGAAAGUGGUACUGUUAAAAGCUUUGUGAAAUGACUUUGUGAAAGUGGUUCUGUUAAAAGCUCUGCAUAAUGACUCUGUGAAAGUAAAAGGCUCUGCAUAAUGACUCUGUAAAAGUGGGCAUUGCUGUUAAAAAGCUCUGUGUAAUUCCUAAUAUUUUUCUCCUCUAAAUCUGGUUGAUGAAGUCAGCGUAAGUCAGGGUUUCCAAAUUUUACAAGACAACCUGAUCUUUAAAUGAAUUUUUUUUAAACAUUUGGUGAGAUGAUACGAUAAAAAAUGUACUUUCCACUGCUGCAAUUUUUUUUAAAAAUGGACUUUAUGAGAGUUACAGCAAAGAUGCAUUUUAUAAUCCUGAUCUGUUUUUGUCCUGAUUCAAGGAAUAUGAACAGGGAAGGCUUUGGUUCUGUAGGCAUUAUGUGCAAUAAAAGAACAAAACAUAUGGUUUUAGAACCAAUGUAUAUCUUUGCUGAGUUUUUUAAAAUAACAUUUACAAAAUAAUAAUCAUUGAAUACUUUUUUGUAUGGUUAUCUAUAAGCAUUAUCUAUAAGCAAGAAUGAAACAGAAUAAAUUGGACAUAAUAUUAGCAAAUAGGAUUGACAGCAUUUGUGCAAUUGUAUAUGCAUAGAAUUAACAUGUUCUUUCAGUAUUCUUGUAGAGGACACAGUGACACUGCCUGCCAAAAUAAAUAUGUUUGUUUAAUAUUUUAUUUUGUGUAAGAAUUAUGCCUAAAAGGGCAGUUAUUUAGAGGCAUUCUCUGGUAACUUUUCACAGUAAAAGCAAGGAUCGAGAGGAAAAAAGAGAAUCCAAGCCAAUUACUGAUCAUGGUGAUGCCACAGCAAAUGAUUCUGACAGAAAGAAUGAAAUUAAGCUUGAAGCUAAAGCAGAUGGGGAACAGGAUGGCAAGAGCUCAGGGUUAGACAGGACAUGUUUAUUUGUAUUUAAUCUCUUUUCACUGUUCUCUCUCAUUGAAAUUCUAAUAGAUCCACUUUGAAAUGCUUAGUCUUAUUGUUCUUUUAGUAAAAAAAAAGUGCAACUUGACUUGUCAUGUUAAUAAAAAUAAUUGUUACUUAUUAUAGAGAUGGCAAAAAUGAUGCUAAAGAAGAUGGGCAAACAAGAGAAACAGCAGAUAAAGAGAAAGAUAAUAAAACAAGAGACAGGUCACCAGACAACAAAAGAGACAGCAGGGAUAAAGAUAGAGAUAGAAAACGACGCUCUCGUUCUGGAGACAGGCGUCACAGAGGAAGGUCACGGUCACCAGAUAGGAGCAGACCACCUAUCAGCCGGCCUCGGUAAAGCUUUAUUUAAAUAUAGAGCUAUUUUAUGACUCGAUUUUGAAGUGAAUUAUUUAUUUUUGUUGUGUUCUCUAUAUGUAAAAUUGUAUUAAAAAUGUAUUUUUUUAUCCCAGGCCAGGAUUUGGUCGCAGUCGUUAUUCUCCACCUUCUAUGAGAAGAAGGUCACGUUCACCUCGCAGAUCAAGAUCCCCGAGACGAAGAUCACCCUCCCCAAGGAGGAGAUCACCUUCACCAAGACGCCGUUCUCCACCAAAACGUAGAAGUCCACCCCGCAGAUCACCGUCUCCACCACCCAGACGCCGCUCUUCACCUCGUAGAAGUGUGGCUACUAAAAAGAAAGCUAGGUGACUGAUUCUUCUCUAUUUAUUACUUUGGUACACAAUCUAAAAAAAUCUGAUCUAAUUACUAAAUAACAUAAAAUACAUGUAGUUUUUGGGGUCUUAUUUUAACGAACAAAUCAACCCAACUGAAAACUUCUAUUAGGCUACCAGUGGUUAAAGAAGUGAUUUAGACUCAAUUACUUUCCUUCCAUUCAUCAAAAAUCAUUUCAUUACUGGAGAAAAAGCUGAGAAGCAAUGACUGUGGCAAUGCAUGUACUUCCCAUCUACUAAAAAAUACUUGACAAAACAUGCAUGCAAGAAAUGCAUCAUAUAAGAAUCCCAAUUAGUGCUUACAUCUGGGACUUUUAUUUUGAGCACCUAUUGAACACAGUGUAACAGCCAAAAAGAUUACUAUUUUUGAUAAACACAUCAAAAAUAUAUAAAUAUUUUAUCUUUACUUUUACAAUCAUUACAUUAGUGUUACAGAAAUCAAAGUUUCAUUGAUUAUUCAUUAUUUAUUAAUGUAAAUUCUAAUCAUGCAAAAUUUUGCCCAUAGGUCAAGUUCUGAUGAUAGUUCUAGUAGUUCAGAAGAUGAAAAGCAAAAGGUGGGUUGUAAAUAAAAACAUUGUGAUUAUGAUAUAUUGUUGUCAACUGUGAUGAAUUAGCCAUAUUAUAGAAACAUUAAAAAUACAAAGCUUUUAUUGGUGACUUACCCAAUAAAGAAUGUUGAUUCACUUUCGUGUUUUUAAUAAGGUCUCUCAGUACUCUUGGUUUUGUUCAUAUGAAUUUAGUAAGCAGAAUUGGAAAUAUGCCUGAAGACUAUUUCAAUUUUGUUUGAGAAAUGACUUCAAUUUUGUCAAUUUACCUUUUUUCCAGAAUGAAGCUUCUUCUCCUGAAAAGGCUGGAAUCCAAAAGCGCAGAAACUACAGGAAACACGAUGAUGAAAGUGGUAAAGAUUCAUCAAGUUCAUCAUCAGGGGACUCUAGUGAGGAAGAAGGAACUAAUGCACCUGCAGUCAAUGGUAAACACAUAGGGAUAUUGUGAUAACAGUCAUGUAUCACUUGAACAGUAGGGAUAUUGUGAGAACAGUCAUGUAUCACUUGAACAGUAGGGAUAUUGCGAGAACAAUCAUGUAUCACUGGAACAGCAUUAUUACUUAGCCGUGAUAUUUAUCAUUUGUGGACAUGUUACUUCCAUUUUAACAUGAUUUUAUCUAUAAUUUUCAUUCAACUAAGGGAGAGGACGGGAGGAUGGAAGGAGAACUCCUUCACCAUUUGUCCGCCGCCACAAAACCCCGGAGCCAAGACGGCGCAGUCCUAGGAGAUUUUCUCCACCUAUGCGAAGGGGAAGGUGAGGGUGAUGUUCAUUUGUAGAUAUUGCAAAUAAACUUGUUGCUUAUAAGCCUUUUUAUAAACACAUAGAAAAAAAUCGUAACGUUCAUAACAGAUUUCCUUUCCAAUUUUGGUCGUUUACAGGAGAAGUCCAUCACCCAGGCGUAGGUCUCCACCACCAAGAUAUUCCCCGCCCAGGUACCAAAUGCUAGUUCAUGAUUCUAUCCAUUGUAUGCACUAAUCUUGUAUUUCUCUAGGCAUCUCUGAAGAAGGGUUCUUGUAUUUGUCAGAAGGUUCAGUUUACAAAAUUACUGAUGAUGCAGAUGAUAUUCCAACAAAAAAAUUAUUACAAAAUGAUGAAUAAUUAGCAAGUAAGAUGUUGCAAUAUAAAUGGUAACGCUUGAUUUUCUCUUUUCUUUAAUAUAGGCGUCGUCGUUCACCAUCACCUCCCCGAAGAAAAAGAAUAUCUGUUUCCCCUGUUAAGCGUCAGACGACACCACCACCGCCAAAGGGUGCCAAAUAUUCAGCUUCACCCUCCCCUAAAAAGAGACUGCACUCACCUGCAUCUGUAUCGCCGCCACCGGUUAAAGCCAAAAAGAAGCCCUCACCUCCAAAAUCUGAAUCAGAAGAUGAAAGCUCUGGUGAAUCCGAUAGGGAGACUUCACCAGUGCCAAGGGGAAAACAAAAUAGAUCUAAAGAAGCAAAAAGAUCUCGUUCCCCACCACCCAAGAAGAUUCCAGUUAAGAAGGAAUCCUCAUCAUCCUCUUCUGAGAGUGAAGAUGAUUCUGAUGAGUCAGGGUCGCCUUCACCACCUAAAAAGAAAUCUAAAAUUCUAUCGCCACCGCCUAAAAAGAGGAGGUCAGUCACCCCUGAGAGCUCAAAAAUACGAAGUUCCAUUGAAAAAGGCAGUAGAGCAGGUCGACUGCCAUCUCGAAGUCCUAAUAGGGGGAGCAGGACAAGGGCAGUUUCACCUCCACCCAGGACUAAAAAAGACAUUGAAAUUUCACGCUCAAGUGAGUCUCGUAAGGACAGGAAAGACAUUCGCUCUUCCCCCAGGAGGGAGAGGAAACAUUCACCUUCUCCUAAGGGGCAUGGAAGAAAUGUGUCGCCAUCACCGAGACCUCGCGGGAGAAACCCAUCUCCCUUACCUUCACCUAAAAGUAGGGGUAGAAAUACAUCCCCCUUACCUUCUCCUAAAGGCAAGGGUAAAAUUAUCUCACCUCGUAGAUCUCCUCCCAAAAAAUCAUUAUCAAAACAGCGGUCAAUUAGUCCACGUCCAAAGACAGCUCGUAGACAACCAUCUGCAUCAGAAAGCAGCAGUGGGAGUAGUUCAGGUGAUGAUGAUGAAACCAGGAAACCAAAAGAUAAAAUUGACAAUAAAAAGGAUAGCCGUGUAGGCAGCAAGUGGAGCAGGAGUCGUAGUCCAUCUCUGCCAAGAGAUUCCUCGGCUGUUAAAAGACAGAGAGGGUCAUCAAGUCCUGUACAAAGAUCCAGACCAAGAGAUUCACGAGAAGAGGAGAGAAUUAUUCUACCUAAAAGGGCAAAGUCUCCAUCUAGCAGUUUGUCAAAGGGUAGUGGAGACAAACCUAAGCCAAGGGAAGAUAGAGAGUCUGAGAAACGCAGUGAAAGCAGAAGAGGAAGAGAUGAUGAUGAAAAGGCCCGCAACCGAAGUGCAAGCCCUUCACGUAAUGCUCGUGAGGAAAAGGAAAGAAAAGAAAUUUCAGAAAAAACUCUGCAUUCAGAGAGUGGCAGUGGCUCAGAGGUAAUUUCUUUUUAAAUCCUUUAUAAUAACUUCACUUUUGUUCGUUUCUUUGUUUGUGGCAAAAUCUUCAGAACUUUUCAUCAUCAUGUCGAGCUGACUGAAACUUGGCACAUAAACUCUUUGCCAAUGACAACACAAAUUUUCAACCCAACCCCCAAAAAUCUGUUUUUCAAAAUACUUGUUGGUGCCGAAGAUUCAAGAAAGGUAAUGCAGUUUAACCCAGUGUUUCCCAAUGUGAGUUUAUAUAGCCGAUAUCUUUGAACAACAAAAUAUGUUAAAUAACCAACUUCAGGGAACAAAUAAAACUCGUGUCCACACAGACGCAAAGAUAUUUGGUUUCAUUACAUUUAUUGAAUUAUGUUAGAAAAAUAUUUACAACAAACAUUUUUAAAAGUUUCAUUAGCUCAAAAAAAUGUGAAGUGACUGAUACCGCUAUACUUUUUAUUGUCGAUCAUCUUAAAAUUCUAUCGGCCAAUUUAAAAGAAAGAUUUUAUGAUUUUACACAAAUUGAUUUGCCAACUUGGAUGAUGCAGCCAAUGUUAGUGGAUUUAUCUGAUAUUUCAAAUAUGCAAUAUCAAAAAGAAUUCGCGGUAAUGCAAAAUGAUGAGUCAGCUAACACUACUUUAUAUAAAAGGGGCUUUAUAUAAAAGGGGCGAUGGCAUGACUUUGUGAGGUAACGGAAAUCAGCUAUCCAAAUUCAACCAAAUGUUCAAGAAAACUAUUGCUACCAUUUCCAUCUUUAUAUUUAGCUGAAUGUGGAUUUAGUGCCAUAGAUAAUUUGCUGCAAAAAAAAAAAAAAGAAAGCAAUCUGCUGGAUAUAACACAACGGGGAGGCUUGAGACUGAAGCUAACUAAAUUGGAACCUAACCCAAUUCUCUUUUUUAUUAAUUGAAAUAAAAAAUAACUGCUUCCAUAAUAAUAAUGUUUCCUGACCCAUUUCCUAGUGAUUUCUUUUUAUCAUUUAAGUUUCUUCAGUGAACAACCCUAUUUUGGAAUAUUAAAAAUUAUGUAUAUGAUACGUAGGGGGCAUACCGGCAUACGAACAUUAGCAAGGCUUAGGUGGGGCAUGGCACAAAAAGGGUUGGGAAACACUGGUUUUUACUCUAUUAGAAGAUUUUUACGGCUUUACUCCCCCAUCAAAGGCCUUUGCGGUAAAAAAUAAAAUGUAUUUUUGAAGGGGAAAAGGAAGUAUGAAACAUGUUUUCAUGAGAAGUUUACCCAUUGACAUAACCUCUUAAUAGAUGAAAAUGCAUGUAAAAUUUAUAUGAAAAACUUUUUUAGGUGGUGUUUUUUUUGUAUUUGAUUCAUAUUGUCCUGUACAAUAUUAUUAUUACAUUUUUUUUAAUAGGACAGAGCUAUUGCACAUUGAUUGCCAAGGCAAGCACAUUACAGGCAUGCCGCAUCUGCUUUGCAUCGCCGUAAAUCAGACUUUCUUCAUGGAUGUCUGGAGUGUUCCCUACCCCUCCACUUGUUAAUAUUGCGCACUCAGCUGGUAAAUGCACCAUUGUCUCCGGCGCCAGUCCGCAGUUAAGCAACUCGGGUCUCAAAGAGAACGUAAUCUGUUCAAAUAGCAGAGUAGGGCAAUGGUCUAUUCUCAUCUGGAUGGUGAAGCUCUGGUGCUCUCUUUUGAAACACUGCCAUUGAUCUCCCUUUCUGUUGGGUUGUGGCAUUUUUCAGUAAAGUUAAUUGGCAGUUUUCCCUAUUCUUUAACCACUCCUCUGGGAAGAGGUCUUUUAGCUAGGCCUUGACCCCCUCCAGUUGGGUCAUUGGCCAGUUUGAUUGUGGUUGAGCAGAGACUUGCCUCACUAGAUGGUCAGCUCUAUCAUUUUGGGGUAAUCCUGCAUGUCCGGGGAUCCACUGAAGGACCACUUUGCCUCCAUGUGACUAUGUCUUGGAUAAAGUCUAAUACUGAAUGUACCAUUUUUGUGUCUAAUGAGCCCCUUCUCACAGCUUCCAGAGCAAGCUAUGAGUCUGUAAACACUACGAUGGUUGGCAGAUGCUUUCUUUUAGCUAGUCUGCAGCGCACUUGUUUCAGGCCAUUAGAAUAGCUGCAAUUUCUGCAUUGAUAAAGGUACUUUUGGUGCAACUUGGCCCCAAAAUCUCCUUUGUUGGAGAUACCUCUUUUGGGUACUGGAUGAGUGAGCCAUUUCCACCUUUUGUCUCGAUGAGGUAAGAGCCAUCUGUGUAGACUUGUACUACAGAAUCCUCAUAUGCCUCGAUUGUCCUUAUUGUGGUCUCUCUUUUGACAUUUUGAGGGCUCAAUUUUGAAACUGUCGUAUUUACAAGUGCCAGACAUACAUCAGGGGGUUCGUAGCAUUCGUGUAGUGAUCUCUCCUGGAUCAGUCAUAGGUUUUCCCUGUUUUCUGGUAAAUCGUGCUAGUCUGCAUCCAUAAAAGGGUUUGUUAAGUCUUGUCCUUUUUACCCACCUGUCUUAUAGCUGAAAACAGGGUUCUGUUAUCUCCAUUCGACGGUAUCAUUUCACUGUUGUCCUUCCUGAUGCUGAGUGUCUGACAAUAUUACAUGAUUGAAUGGAGUCUUAAAUACAGUGAAGGUGGUCAAAGAUUUUGUUAGUGUCACACAUAUCACUAGCAUUAUGAAUGUGUGAACCACUAAUGGUUGACAAUAUAAAUAGUUAAAUAUUCUAUAUUCUUUGUGCAUAUAAUACUUAUGAGACUUAUAAAGAGUGUUUGAUUUGGUCAUGCGGGAGCAACAGUUUUAGACUUGAACAGCCAUGAAAAAAAAAAAAAAUGAUUGUACAUAAAGAUUUUGUACAUCAGAUUUUAAAGUAAAAGGAGAUGUGAAUAUAUUAUUGGGAUUUUGAUUUGAGUGUAGUGAUUCAAGGUGUAUGUCUUAUUCCUGUGUGUCACAAAUGACUUGGGCAGGGGUUAACAACAGAGCUCCAGUGUUCUUCAGUAAGUUAUGGGGUGUUUGGAAUUUGCGGUGAUUUUGGGGAGGCGCAUGGGGUAAGGCUAAUAGAGCCUUGCAUCUUUUAGAUUGGGGGGAUGUUUCUUUCCAAAAUAUUAUGUCUCGGGGCCUUUCAGACUUGGCGUGAAAAUUUUGGUGUUAACGACGGAAGUUCCUGAUUGACCGGAAAUUAGAGGGGUAUGGAUGGGUUAAUAGCUAGCAUUCCUGGACCACCUAAGGGGGUAGAGAACUCUUUGUGACAGAGUUAGAGAUUCGUGGACUCUGAUUAUGAAGUUGUGGGUGCAGCGGUACUAGGUAUUGAAAGAUAGACUUAGGGAUAGACAACCAAGUGUUAACAGUUAGAAAAGAGACAUUACUGAAAUCAUAUUAUAUGGAUCAAUACAUUUCUUUAUUAUAACUAUUACUGAGGAGUUGCUAGGUCAUUUAUUAGUGUUCUGUGUUUUCUUUGUCAUACUUCUCAACGCCCUACAAGAGAACCAUCACAGAGAGGAGCGGCCCCGUAUUAAUCACACCAUACCACUUGCUAGGUGACCAUAAAUAUGGGCCAUACCCUCACAAUACCAUCUCAUCUGUGACACUGCCAUCAUAUAUAUCUUCUUUUGGAUAUUAUUGUGAACGUAUAAAUUAAAAUAGACUGAAACUGCAACGUCUCGACUAUUAUUUUUAAUAUUGAAAGUUAGCAAAGCAGAUAAGUUGUUGUUUUUUUUCAACCUGUACAGUUACUAUUGUGUUUUUUUCAUCUCUGAUUUUUUUGUUAGGAAUCUGAUUCUGAUGAUGGUUCCAAGAAAAAGAAGAAGAAGAAAGACAAGAGACACAAGAGGCACAAAAAACAUAAGAAACACAAGCACAGGAAGGAAAGCAGUGAAUUCCAGGUAAACCAGAGCAUUAUUAGAAUAGUAGCAAAUUUAUUCAUAAAACUUUGAUCAUUAAAGUAUUUAGGUGGCUGUGUUAGAGAAAUAAGACGACUGCAAGACGAGCAUUAUGGUUGUUGACGAGCAUUAUGGUUGUCGCUUGUUAUAUUUUUCAUAUUGACACUUAUUUUUAUUUCAUACACAGUAAAACCAUUUGGAGACAAUUAAAUGAACAAUUAACUUAAAAUAUUUCUGGUCAUUCCAGUGGUGGGGAUAUAUUGUCAAUAAUGUGGGAUGCUUACUGUCCAGUAUAAUGGUUUAUAAACACAUGAAGUAUUUUAGUUAACUGUCACACAAAGCGUGGCACCAAGAAUUUCCAUUUUAAAGUAGCACCAUUAACUCUCAAAAGACUGCAGAUUUCUUACGUGUUUUUUAAUGACCUUGAAUACAACUUAUUAUUCAAAGUGUCUCAUGGCUGUAAUUUUGUAGCUACCUACGAGUAUUAUAAUUAUAUAUCAUUUUAAAGGUAAUUGCAGCCUCUUUAAUUGAUAUUAGGUGUUUGUUCAAAAUAUAUUUGCUAAAAUUGAUUUAUUAUUAUUUUUAAGCAAACAAAUUUGUUUUUAAAGUCGAUAUAAAAUAACUGUUAAAUAGCUGUUACAAAGAAGGAGAAAUAUUGUUUCAAAUUAUAGCAAUAAACUGAUAUUUUAUUAGUAUAUAUUCAAUACUAAAACACAAAUUCAAAUUUCAAAAGAAUAGACUCGUAAAUAAAAAAAGUUAUGGCUAUUUGAAGACAACGUAUCAAUCAAGGAAAUAUUGCCCUAAAAAAUUCAAUUUUAAAAAAAAAUGCAAACUGCAUCGAAUUAUCACUUAUAAAAUUAAGUAUCAAUUUAUAAUAAAAUUUAAGCAAAAUAGCACAUUUUAAUAAGUAAUAUUUUGUUUACAUCACCGAGACACCGAUGAGAUUAUCUAGUCCUUCACAGAGACCAUGCAUAUCAGAUUCUUGAAAACAGUUUCUUUCUUUAAUGAAACAUAAAAAUGUAUCUCAAACAAAGCAUUGGACAUAUACUCUGACCAUUUUAACCUUGUUUUGGUAAUGCAAUUUACUUUUUUUUUUGUUCUUAUCAGGUUGCAGUCCACGACAUAAAAAUUUCAGACAUUACAGCAACUUGUACAUUAUCAAAGAUGCCCUAUGUUCCAUAAAUUAUUUAUUAAUUGCUAGAUUUUUUAUGCUGAUACAGUUCUUUGUAUUUUGCAUUAAGAUCCAUAGGAGUGUUCCAAUUUUACAGAGCAUGUCUCCUUUAUUUUCAGUAUCAGAAACUUUUAGGAAACUCAAAAUGGCCUUGAAUCUAACCCUAGUCAUAAUGGCCUUGCUCAUGGGCCAUUUUAAGGAUUUCCUGGAACAUGGUUAAGAGCUUGAAUAAAUCCUGCAUUCAUAAUAAAUUAAUAAAUCUACUUAGUUGAUGAAACUCCUCUUCAGUGAUGUUAUACCAAUUUUUGAAAACAGGAAGCUUCUUCGGUUGAUUGUUCUUCACACAUUGCUUACAAACAAAUAUAUGCAACUAAAUCUGUAGUAAAAAUCUCCUUAUAUCUUCUCUUGUUUUAACAUCAGGAUGUAGUAUGCUUUGUACCUCUGGUCUAAAUGCAGAAAUCAAUUUAUCAAUUUAGAGCCCCACAGUCAUUGUCAUAUUAAUCAUACUCAUAGCCAUCUGCCCGUCAUAGAUGUGUUUCAUAACUAUUAACAAGUGCUCAAUAACAAUGUGGAUCAAGUGCAAAUAUAACAAAAUAAAGAUUUAAGGUAGCUACGCAGAAUCAGAUGUUUGUUCCCACAAGCCAACUUUGAAAACCAGUGCAUUGGCACAGGAUGAAGUAGGGAAAGAGUCAUUUCAUUCGCUAAGAAUAUUUUUCUUCCUCUUAAACAGGAAAAGGGUGAGGAACUUGAAAGACGACUACGAGAAAAAGCCCUCCAGUCCAUGAGAGCUAAAGCAUCUGCCUCAGAGGGAAAACAAUCAAGUGAUAGUGAAGGAAGCAGCAGCAGUGAAUCAGAUGUCCCUUCAAAGUCAAGAGCUUAGCUUUCUUGUGAUACCAAUCAAGUAGAAGACUAGAAUAGUUCAAGUCACUCGGUUAGUACUGUACAUACAUUGUCAAAAAACCGCGGAGACAUGAGGUUAAUAAAUGUCUUUUUUUUCUUGAGAUUAUGAUUUAAAAUUUUUUUUUUUUUAUGCGACACUCACUUAAGUCUCAUAGUUAAAAAAAGUGAUUAUAAAAUUCCAAAAGUGAAAUUGUUUUUUUCUUUUGAAAGCAUUUUUUUUUUACCACUUGAGGGUCAAUGAGAGAUGUCAAUGAAUAAAAUAAUAUAUUGUAUUACUGAUGAAAGUAUUGUAGGCCCACUAAAUUUCAACUUGUUAAAAUAUGAAAACCAACUCCAGUUUGGCAUUUCAUAUAUCUUUUUUAAGUUAGGGCACCCUUUUCCUCCUCCACUUCCCUUAAGCACAGGGACAGUCUUGUUGAAGGUACUGGUGUAUUUGUAAAAUAAUAGUUUUAAAAAAGCAGUAGCAGAUGGGGUUUUUUUUUGUGCCAACAUUUUUUUAAUAAAUAUCCACAAUUUGUUAAAAGAAUUUCCUGCAUUCUUCAAAGAAUUCUCAAGUCUUCAUUCAUACUCGUUAAGGAAUAAUAUUAAGUUAGAGGAGUAACUUAUUUUUUAAUGUCAACAUUUUUUGGCAAUGUCAGGAAAUUGAACUGGGUGUUUAUCAUAAAUCAUCAGAAUGUAUUUUAGGUAAAUGUUUGAUAAACAAUACAAUUAUAGAAAUGCCAUGUUUUUAAGCUCUGAAUGCCCUCUUGAUUGUUCUUGGUGAAAUUGUUUAUCAAAAGCCCCUUGAAAUAUGAGGCUAAUUGUAUUUUUCCUUUCAAUGCCAGUUUCUAAGAGUCAACAAGUAAAUUUUAAUUGAUGUAUGCUAAGAAGUGUUUUUUUUUUAUUUUCAUAGUCCUUAAUCAGUUCUACUCAUUGCAUUAUUUUUGAGACUUUAUGAAUGAGAAACCAUGUUAUUUCUUGUUUAAUUUAUCCAACUGGUUUCAUGGGCUUAAGUUAAAGUUCAUUGUUUUUUUUUUAAUCAUUACUUUUUACAACCAUGAUUCUAAAAGGUCAAUAAAUGUAAGUCUAGUUUAGACAUAUCAUAAUCACCAUGGAGUUUUAGAGUGGAUUAAAAUUCCAUUAAAAAUUCUCAUUUGGUUUAAAGUAUGCUAAUGCUAUGAAAAUUAUUAAGACAUUUCCUUCACAUUUUUUUAGGUUACCUGGUACUGUUUUUUUUUAAAAUUAUUACUAACUUUAAAUUUUUUUGGGGCACAGUCCAUUAAAUUUAUAAAUUGUUAAAUCCUCAUAACAUGUUUAAGCAUCAAAGUUGCUAUUUGUGUAAAUAUUUCAUAGAUUUUUAUUAUUCUUGAAGUUGAUUGAUCACACUCUACUGUUAAAAUUAAGAUUAUCUUAGUCAUCAAGCCUUGCAUCACAUUCAACAUUACUUUUGUGUUUCGAAACCACAUUCUCCUAAAUUCAGGAUCAGUAACUUGUGUUGUUAGGCAGUACCAAAUAUAAAAUAAAUAAGAUCAAAAUCAGCUGCGUUUUUUGACAAAGAAAUCAAAUGCAAAAAUAUCUUUUACUUGAGUUAUGUAUGUGUAAUAGUGUUUUUUGUGAAAGGGGUUACAUUUGUAAUGGGUUUAAAAAGGUUUCUUAAAUUGCUUAGAAUUUUUGCUUGUCCAUCCCAUUCAUCUUUUUGAGUGUUGAAAUUAUUGUUAUUUGCAUUAUUUUUUUCUGAAAUAAAAAUAAAGCAUGUUGUCAAUAUUUUAAAAGAUUUCAUUGUUUUAUGAUGUAUAUGAAAUACACACAAACAUAAAUACACUUUAACCUGGUCACAAAAAUAAAACAAAUCCUUCCAGCUUUGCUGAGG